UUCGACGACUGUGCAGUGGGAACUGUUUGGCGUCAGGUUAAAAUACAGUUUACGUUCACAUAAGGUAGGGUGAGACAUACCUACGGGGAAACGUACUUCACUUUUCCCCAGACUCUGCUACUUUAUUUUGUAUGUGCAACUAAUGUGUAAAGUUAAUGGUGUGAUUAUGUGACAGGCAGGCAGAAAAGGAAAACAUGAUUAAGGAUAGCACAUAACAGGAUAUGGUCAAUACACUAACAAGUUAUCACAGUGUUGUUGAAACAAAUCUAUUGAAAGUGUUAUAGCAUUUAGCACCCACCAUUUACGUUUUAACUAAGUAUCACCGUCCCGGUUAAAGAUCCGCAGCGGAACUUUGAACGUGAUUUUGCAUCGUUCCGGACAGUUUAACUCGUCGGACCCAUUUAGGAAGCGCAUCCCAGCUGUGACCUGUAUGAGAAAUGUAACAGAGGAGAAGAGGUAUGCUUAACUUAAAGACACUGCAAAGAAACAAGACGCUCAAAUAUGGAGUCCCUAUGCUCCUGCUGAUAGUCGGAGGCUCCUUUGGCCUGCGAGAGUUUACACAACUCCGAUAUGAUGACCAGAAGAUCAGAAAAGGGCUGGAUCCUUCACUGGCGGCCAAAGUCAAUGUCGAGAAGCAGUCAGUCAUGCUGGAGGAAGAGUACAAGAAGAUAAAGGAGAUGAAUUUGGACAAGUGGAAGAACAUCCGUGGUCCUCGUCCCUGGGAGGACUCCAGGGCGUACCAGGAGCAGCAGAGGCCCAAGCAGGACACAAAAGGCUAAGGCUCGAGGACACCAGACGCAGCAGAGUGUAACACGCAGUGCAGCAGGAUGGCGCUGACAAGAAUGGUUGGAGUCUGCGGCGAAGACAGACGCUGCAACUUGAGGGCUUGGACUUGAAGCUUUGUAAGCAUGCAUUGUUGUGGUGUCUUCUGGUUGUUCUGGACUACUACUGGUUACAGUUGUGCCACAUGAGAUCAAAACCUUGAAGUUCUUGAUUCUUAUUGUUGUACAAACAGAAAUAUAGAGUGGUCCCCCGUGGGCAGGUUAUUCUUCAUUCUGAUCAGGGGUUUGUGAUCAACAACCACCAGUAGGUGGCACAUGUGUCUUGUUGCAGGAGCCUUUCACACAGAAUCCAAGCAGGGAAAGAUAUAUCAAUGUGUGAUUUCCAUGUCUCAAUAAAUUACUACUAUUGAUCCAAA